ACGACUAUUCUGUGUGCCGGAGCACUUCGCCAACGUGACCCGAAGCUCUUCAGCGGGAUCGGCGACGAUGACAUUGAUGACUGGUUGGAGUCCGUAGAAAGAGUAAGCCUUCAUAACAAAUGGGAUGAUGUGCUGAAACUCAAUAACGUUAUUUUUUAUUUGACUGACGUCGCUAAACUAUGGUACACCAAUCACGAGUCAGAGCUGGCGACCUGGACUCUGUUCAAAUCGAAAAUUCAGGAAGUAUUUGGGAAGCCAGCCCAGCGAAAGCUGAUAGCAAAAAGAACCCUGGCAUCACGGGUUCAACAAAAUGAUGAAAGCUUCGUCAGCUACAUUGAAGAUGUGCUAAAAUUGUGCAAGCGCAUUGACACACAGAUGCCGGAAGACGAAAAACUGAAAAACAUCAUGAAGGGAAUUGCUGAAGACGCAUUUCAAAUUCUUGUCGUCAGAGCCCCCGCGACCGUCAUUGAAGCCAUCGAUAUUUGUCAAAACUUUUCUGAGCUGCGCACCCAGCGUUUGCCACUCAGCCGCAAGCCGCAGCCUCCCAUGGAGCUAGCUAGCUUGAAUAACGCUGCGGACUGUCCUCCCGAUAAAUGGGGUGACCUUCGAUAUCUCAUUCAGGAAAUCGUCCGCGACGAGGUGGCUCGCCAACUAGGAAAGCCUGCCACUUCCCCAGAGCCCUACGUCUCACCUUCCAUCAGAGCGCUUAUUCAAGAGCAAGUCACAGCCGCUAUCCCUAACCCUGUGAUACCGCCCACCAUGCCAAUGCCGCUCGCGCCUACUUACGCCGAAAUGGACGUAGAGCCGACAUAUGGAGGACCCCGGAGAAUCGACCAAUUUGCUUUUCAUGUGGUCUGGUUGGACAUGUCGCUCGGUUUUGUCGACGUCGGUACCCUGAAAGUUAUGGUACCCCACCACAAGCUCACUAUCGACCAGGCUUCGCUGGUAGUCGUCGAAGUGAUGCUUUCCAAGAUUACUCUGACUACCAACGGCAGCAACGACCAAGCAGAUCUCCGUCUCCCAGACGACGCUCGCUGUCUCCUCUCCGCCCACGUACGACAUCUCCCGCUCCAGAGGGAAACUGCUAGGAGCAGUUCCAGAGGCGAGAACUGCGAAUCCUUCUACAUCCUUAAGUCCUCGCCCUAUUGCACGAAAUAUGAUUGA